AUGUGUGAGCCUCUGAUUCUCGACGCCGCGUUUGCCUUAAAGAUUCAAUCAGUCGACAUCACCUAUACCCUUCAAUACAAUCUUGUUUGUUGGCCUUCAUUGAGACAAUUGAUCUCUUAUCCAAGCUAUUUCUCUCUCUCAUCAGGAGUGCUAGGAGCCGGCGAGAUUGUCUAUUUCACAAAUUAUUUUGUAAUAGCUAUUACUAUUCUUGAUAUAUCUCUAGUCCUAUCCGCUUUCUACAAUCUCAGCAAACAACAAACGUUUAUGAGUGAGAGCACACAGAAACUAAAGUGGAAAUGGUUUCGCAAUCUUUUGAUUCAGGUGAUCGUCGUUCUAACGCUCUAUUUUGUUCCUUUUUCUUGGUAUCGUGUCAUCGGUGCGGGAGAACGCUUUUGGUUAAGCGGAUACACAGUCUAUUUCACAACACUUCUCUGUUUUCACGAAGUUGAGAGUCGCACUUUCGUUGGCACGCAA